AUGACUGGUGAGUGGAAGGGUAGAGAGAGUAUGGUACUAGAGCUAAUGAGACGCAAUGCAGAUACCCCACAACAACAACAACAACAACAAAAACAACGCACUCAAACCACACAACAUUCUCAACACGCUCCCCAAGCACAAACAAAUGAAGAAAUGAUACCAAGGAAGAAAGUAUUAGGUCUGCUUCAAUUCCUAGGCCCACCAGUUGGAUGUAAAAUGUUCCAGCACGUCAGCGAGCUUGCUACACUGCCUGGACUGGAUCUUGAGUCGGGCAUGUCGAGGAUAGCAUUCAUGCCUAUAUGGCUGCACCUUCCAGCCGACAAGGAGUGGGACGCAGAGGAGAUCUGCAAGACUGGCCUCAAGCUGCCACAGGGAGGCGUAGGCAACAAGGCACCCGUGCUCGAGGAUCAUUUAUGCAAGAUUGGACGACCAGAUAUUGGUAUUGAGCACUGGUACGAAAUGGGAGACUGGGUUUGUUCAGAAUGCCGCUUUUUAUGCUGGGCAUCAAAGAACGAAUGCCGCGAGUGUGGAGCCAGCGGAAAUGAUCCUGUUAACAAGUCAUCGGUUCAAACAGCUCGCCCUCAGCAGCCACCGGUGAGAGUGGCGUUGCGAAAUGCUCUUUGUGUCGAGGCAUUAGAUGCUUUCGCAAAGAGUGAAACGGUAAUGCUCAUUUCGGGUGGAGAAAAGAUAGAGACAGGCACUGCAGCAUCGAGACGCUCCCCAGAAGCGGACAAGAAGAGGAUUCCAAUCACGCCAGCCAAGGUGCAGUCCGGCGUCUCUGCACAGAUGCCACAGUCUGCACCGCUGCCAAUGCGCUCGUCGUCUCGCUCGUCAACUGGAUCGACCGGGAGCGGAGUGGGAUCGAACCCAGCUAGCGCACACGCUCAAGCACAUUCAAACAAGGCAAAAGCAGCACCACGUUUGUCCACGUCGCCCCUCCCAACGUCUACAAGCUUCGACACCACGUGGAUGCCAACUGGCAGCGCAUCGAACACGUUCCCAGAGAAUAACGGAUUCCUAUCGAGACAGCGCUCGAGGGCAAACAACUCGAGACGCAACCCACCUACACCGUUGCUGCCAAUAUUUGCCUCGGGAUGGUCGCAGCAGGACCACAAUUACAAUCUGUCUCCAGCGCCCCUCAAGUCGACCGGUCUGCUCACUCCCAUCUCGUCACCCAUCUCGACCACCUCAGACAACUUCACACUUGCAGAUCUGCACGCUGACGCCCAGCCAGUUGAACGUAGAUCGUCGGGCUCAGGAUCCGGUAUCCAGCCUAUUGGCAGACCAAAGGCAAAGACAGCGAACCCAUACCAGACAAACUUUACCGCCAACUUGCCUUCUCCACCGCAAUCAGCUGAGUCGUCUCCAAACAAGUUUGAUCCAUUCAACAACAACGAGAACGCGGUCGGCAAGAACAUCACAAACAAACAUACCAAGGAUAUACCAACCUCACCAUCGGAGCAAGACGUCGAGGAUGCUUUAUUUAAAGCGUCAACAGCACUCGUGGAGUUUUGCUUGAACUGA